UUCUUCUCUUCUCAGUUAUAUUUAUUCAUAACCUUUGGUAAUGCUGGAACCUCCCUAAUCCUCCUUUCUCCCUCUUCAGCAUGCACUCCUCUCCUUUAUCCUCUUCCCCCAAUUCCUCUGUUCCCCCAUCCACACCCUCUGCAGCAUCUCCAUGUCAUCUGGAUGAGUCCUACAAGCACAUUUUCCUGCCCACCUGCUACCUCUUCACCUUCGUACUCAGCCUGGGACUGAACUCUGUUGUUCUGACGCGUUGCUUACGUCGACCAUGGAACUCAUCUUUGAUUUAUAUGUUCAACUUGGCACUCAGUGACCUAAUGUAUGGCCUCUCACUGCCAUUCCUCAUUGCCAGCUACAUCUCCCAGGACCGAUGGCUCUUUGGAGACCCCAUGUGCCGCCUGGUUCGCUUCCUCUUCUAUUUCAAUCUCUACUGCAGCAUCUUCUUCCUCACCUGUAUUUCUUUCCACCGCUACCUUGGCAUCUGCCACCCUAUGCGCUCCAUGCGCUUGGAGUCUCUUCGUUGGGUGAGGGCUACUUGUUUGCUGGUUUGGACUCUGGUCUUUGCCAUGACCUCUCCUAUUCUCCUUUUUGCAAGGACAGGACCCCUGGAAGGACUAGAUGAUGGAGUAACAUGUUGGGAUGAUGCUCUGGAUUCAGACCUUCACCGCUAUAUGCCCUAUGGGAUGUUCCUGCAUGUAGCAGGCUUCUUUCUUCCAUUUUCUGUUAUUGCCUGGUGUUACUCCAGAGUGGUACGCACACUGUGCCGGACCAUUAGGGGUGGUGUGGUUCCAGGGCCUGUACCAGGUGUGGCCCAGAGGCGUAAAUCUAUUAGGACCAUUGUUACCAUCACCCUUCUUUUUGCUCUUUGCUUCCUGCCUUUCCAUGUGACACGCACUAUGUUUCUGGCCCUCAGAGCUGGUGGUGCUGCACUUGGUGGGUGCAGGGCUCUGGGGGUGGUGGCUGUCUGCUACAAAGUCACCAGGCCCCUGGCUAGUGCAAAUGCCUGGCUCAAUGCCCUUUUAUACUUCAUCACUAAGGAGCCCUGUGGCUGGGGUCAGAAGAACAAAAAGGGAGAAGAGCUAAAGGGAAAAAAGAUUAUGAAAAAGGGACAAACACAAAAUAGACAGGUUUUUGGCAACAUCUACCCAACAUUUCCUUGA